AUGUCCACCCCCUUCGGCCGCCCAAUGCGGGAGCACUUCCUGUUCGAGGAGGGCAAUAUCAACAUCAACCACGGCUCCUUCGGCACCUAUCCCAAGCCCGUGCUGGACGCGCUGCGUUCGUACCAGCUCCAAGGCGAGGCCAACCCGGACCGCUUCCUGCGGUAUGAGGUUUCCGAGCUCAUUGACCGGUCGAGAGAGCAGCUGGCCAAACUCCUGCACGUCGUGGACGUGGAUGAGCUGGUCCUGGUGCAGAAUGCCACCACGGGCGUGAACACGGUCCUGCGCAACCUGACCUAUGCGCCGGGUGACAAGAUCCUCUAUCUCUCGACGGCCUACGGCGCCUGCGAGAAGACUGUCGACUACCUCACCGAGACCACCCCGGCGGAGGCGGUUCGGGUUGAGGUCGCGUACCCCAUCAGCGACGACGAGCUGGUGGCGCGGGUUGAGAAGGUGCUUAAAGAGAAUGCUCCUGUCAAGGUGGCCAUGUUCGAUACUGUGUCUAGUCUUCCCGGGGUGAGAAUCCCCUUUGAGAGACUUGUUGCCGUCUGUCGCGCAGCGGGCGUGCUCAGUCUGAUCGAUGGCGCGCACGGCGUCGGCUGCAUCCCGCUCGACCUGGGGAAGCUGGACGCCGAUUUUUUCGUAUCCAAUUGCCACAAAUGGCUGUAUGUCCCCCGCGGCUGCGCCGUCCUGCACGUACCGAAGCGGAAUCAGGACCUGAUCCGGUCCAGCAUGCCGACUUCGCACGGCUAUCAGCCCCGCGAGCGACCUGGCAAAAAGAAGAUCAGCAACCCACUGCCUCCCAGUACCAAGUCGGGAUUUGUCCGCAUGUUCGAGUUUAUCGGCUCGAUGGACUACGCGCCGUAUCUGUGCGUGCCGGCAGCGUUGAAGUUCCGGCAGGAGGUCUGCGGAGGCGAGGAGGCGAUCAUGAGCUAUUGCACGCAGGUCGCGCGGGAUGGUUCUCGACGCGUGGCAGAGAUCCUGGGCACGGAAGUGAUGCGACACGACCAGCCGUGUCCUGUCGUGAAUGUACGUCUGCCAAUUGAUCCUCCUGCAGGUGACGUGACGGCGGCAGCAGCGCAGGCGCGGAUAGGCGCGGUAAACGCGUUUGUCGAAAAGAUGAUGCUGAGCGAGUACAAGACCUUCGUGCCUGCCUUCUUCCACAACGGACGUUUCUGGGUCCGCCUGUCGGGUCAGAUCUAUCUGACGGUGGAUGACUUUGAGGAGGUGGGGAGACAGUUGCGCGAUAUUUGCAGUCGGGUCGGGCGAACUUCUCAUCUAACUGAGCUAGAAGAUAAAUGA